AAUAAGUAAGAGUAAUAUUUAUUUUAAUAAUUAAUAUGUGUAAGUAUAUGUAUAUGAGCUUAUAUGGGUGCACUCGGAUUGAUGACCGGAAAACGAAAGUGCUCAUGAAAGCCCCACCUCCCACACGGAGUGUGUAUACGUCCGGUGCGUUUUGGCACAUCUCUCUCUUCUUCUUCCUCUUCUGAUGAGGCAACCGACCUCUGAGCAGCUCCAGCGUCACGUUGUAAACAAUCGGGGCGCCAGCAGCUGCGGCCGAAUCGACCCGCUUCAUUUGCGCAGCUGCAUAUCCCGCGUUGGUUGGAGACACACACACACACACACGCGCGCGCGCACACACACACACACACACGCACGCGCGCGCGCGCACACACACACACACACAAAGAGGACGGGACCGAGAGCUGCAGCAACAACACCAGAGCACCAGCUUCCUUUACCGCAUCCUCCACCCCGACGCCGCUCCAUCCAUCCAGGCUGCCGCUACCGCAACCGCCGCUGCUGCCACUGCUGCCGCGGCGCGUUACCCCACACGCCCGCGCAGAGGAGCCGCACAAAAGGACAUCAAGAGCCGGAGGAGCCUUUGCAGUGAUGGUGCCGGGAUGUUAACCGUGCGGGACGUUUAUGAGGGCCGGUGAGCCGAUUACGGGCGAGUUGUGUGUAUAUAGCCUCUGGCGAACUGCGGCCGGUCGUGGAGGUCGCGCGUCAUGGUCGGACGCAGACUCUUGGGAUGUAAGCCCCGGUUUGGCAAGCGAGGCGGCCGGCUCGGCGUCGUUCCCUAUCUGUGCGCGGCGGCUGCGACCGCGGCCCUGCUGGCGCUGCUCUUCGUGGACCUCAUCGAGUCAUGGGUCACCUCCAUCGGCAUGAACACGGCGGUGGAGCCGCACGCGGGCAUCAUCCCCCCGCAGAGCGUGCCCCCGACCCGGCCCGAGGAGUUCCUGCUCAUGCCCAGCCCGCUGGUGUGCCAGCGCGCCAAGCCGUACCUCAUCACCAUGGUGGUCUCGGCGCCCGCCAACCAGAGGGCGCGCCAGGCCAUCAGGGACACCUGGGCAGGGGAGGUGGAGGUGAGGGGCCUGCGGGUCAUGACCCUCUUCAUGGUGGGCGUGGCAUCUGACCCCGGCCUGGCCAAGCUCCUGAUAGAGGAGGCCAGGGAGCGAGGGGACCUGAUCCAGGGCCGUUUCCUGGACUCCUACUCCAACCUCACCCUGAAGACCCUGUCCAUGCUGGGCUGGGCCCGCCGGUUCUGCCCUCAGGCUCACUUCAUGGCCAAAGUGGACGACGACGUCCUGUUCAACCCCAGCGCCCUGCUGCACUUCCUGAACAAGAGCCGGAACCCCUACGAACAGGGAGACCUGUACCUGGGCAGGGUGCACCUCCACGUGGCCCCGGACCGCGACCCGGACAGCAAGCACUACCUCCCCUCGGGGGCCUACCCUCCUUCCGUGUUCCCGGACUACUGCAGCGGCACGGCCUACGUGCUGUCCCGCUCCGCGCUGCUGAAGAUCUCCCUGGCGGCCUCGGCGUCGCCGCUGUCCACGCCUCUGCCCCCCGAGGACGUGUUCGUGGGCCUGUGCGCGCGCACCGCCGGAGUGCUGCCCUCGCACUGCCCGCUCUUCUCCGGGGGCCCCGGCGUGCCGUACGGCCACUGCUGCUACCAGGCCAUGGUGUCCGUCCACCACGUGCCGCCCAGGGAGAUGCUGCACUACUGGGCCGGCGUCCACACGUCGCUGCCUUGCUCGUGGCUGGGCCGGCGCGCCUCUCUGGGGCUCUGCAAGGUCAGGUCGAUGAUCGGGAGCGCGCUGGGCCUGGAGCAAGGCUUGUGAUGGGGGGGGGGGGGGAGAGACCUGGACUCAGUGCGAAGCUUCAAAUACUGUGAACAGCACUAAGUGCUCUUCAGGCUGUGAAAUGUCCCUCUAUUUAUUUAUUUAUAGAGCUUUAUUUUUUUAUAAACACUUACGUUUUGUUUGUUUUUUCUUCUUUUUUGUGUGCAGAAAAUAUGAUCGAGUCUUUUCUUUCAUUAUUACACUUAUGGUAGAUCAACAUUGAUCCAGUGAGGAAAAACAGCCACUUAUGAGUAAUACACACACACACACACACACACACACACAUGCAACACCUGCAGUCCAUCCAGCCGUGCAGGUCCAGUAGAUGUUAGUCUAUUACGACUCCUAAGUGCAUGAUGCUGCAAAUAGUACAAUAGAUAUAUGAAACACAGGCUUCAUGCACCCAGCGGGGGGGAAUUAUACGUAUAAAUAUAUAUUCGCCGAAACCUUUUAAUAGAACAAACACAGAGGAACUCUAAGCAUUGUGUUUUUUCAGUAACAAUAAGAAUGACAUUAGGAUAAGUGCAGCCCGCUAUUAAUUUGAGUUUUUAAAAAAUCAUUUUGGAGGCUCGAAAAACUUCAACCGAGGUGACUGACAGCUACAGAAGCCUACAGAGUAUUUAUUACAUAUUUAUUACCUUUAUCUGUGCCGGUGGGAUUAAGUAGAGCGUGAAUGACACGACAGCGUGUAAAUUGAGAGUGCACAAUGUGUCGAGAAAGAUGCGUUUGAACACGUUUGAAUGAAGUGUCGUCACAAAUAAAGCGCUCCGUGUCACACCG